CAUGCGCGCGCGCACUCACGCGCACGAUCCCGCACACUCACACGUUACUCAAGGCUGCGCUCCUUUCUCUACCUGUCCGCACUCACUCUUCUUUUUCACGACCUGAAGGGAUUCCCACAGAGAAACGGACAGAAUGUGUCGGACGAACAUUUAAUCGAUUGCCAUCUCGACUAGAAAUGGACUAAAGAGCACUUUUUAGCGUGUUUUGACCCUUCCGGAGACCGGGGACCAAACUUGAGGAAAGCCCUAAAGCCUGGCAAAGAAGAAGACUUCCAAAAAAGGACAUAGACAGCUAAAGACAUGGACUGGAAGACCUUCCAAGCCCUCCUCAGCGGGGUGAACAAGUACUCCACUGCAUUCGGCCGUGUUUGGCUCUCGGUGGUGUUUGUGUUCAGGGUGAUGGUGUACGUGGUGGCGGCGGAGAGGGUGUGGGGAGACGACCAGAAGGACUUUGACUGCAACACCAAGCAGCCCGGCUGCGCCAACGUCUGCUACGACUACUACUUCCCCAUCUCCCACAUCCGCCUGUGGGCGCUGCAGCUCAUCUUCAUCACCUGCCCGUCCUUCAUGGUGGUGAUGCACGUGGCGUACCGCGAUGAGCGCGAGCGCAAGCACCGAGCCAAGCACGGCGAGGGCCCCAAGCUGUACAGCAACACGGGAAAGAAGCACGGCGGCUUGUGGUGGACGUACCUCAUAAGCCUUUUUGUCAAGACGGCUAUUGAAAUCGCCUUCCUUUACAUCCUGCACCACAUCUACAACAGUUUCUACCUGCCCAGGCUGGUCAAGUGCGAGGUGUCGCCGUGCCCCAACACGGUGGACUGCUACAUCGGCCACCCCACCGAGAAGAAAGUCUUCACCUACUUCAUGGUGGGGGCCUCGGCGCUUUGCAUCAUCCUCAACAUCUGCGAGAUUAUUUACCUCAUCGCCAAGCGGAUCUUAAGGAUCGUGAACAAGCGCAACAAGGGAAGCCACAACCUCCCCGAGUGGUCACAAAACGAAGCCUUCAACAAUCGCGUCCGGCCUUUGUCCAAGAUGGACCUUGAGGAUGAGCUUCCGCCCAAUAUGGACCUGGAGGACAAGCCGCCGUCGUUCAAUUCGGCAAACAAAACAGAGUACAGACUUUCCAAGCUGAAGCUGGAUGACAAACUCCGGUCUUCGGCACCAAACUUGUCCAUUCCUUACUGAGCCCAGCAAAGCGGAGGUUAAGAUGAGAACCACGAGCGGUGACGCAUAUGGCAGGCUUUGAAAACACACACAUUGUUUCUCUGUGUGUGUGUGGAAGCUGAGUCAUUGAGCGCACACCUUAGGACUCUUUCUGAGCUUAUGAACUUUGGCUUGCAAGUCGCAAUCCACAACACACACCAGCUACAGCGGAUCAAUUUUACAUAGAUUGUUCUGGAACCUGCCUUUUGAACGUCACAAGCGCACACAGUACAUUUCAUCAAGCGUCACGUUGAUGUGACAAUGAUGCCUGCAAGCAGGCCCCAGCUUAAUGAGGAGUAGUUGUGAUUGUGGAAUGUGGACACACGGCAAUGGCUGACAACCGAGCUUGAAAAUAUGCCAACUUGUUUUUCCAUACCAUAACUUGACCUAUAGAGGUGAUACAAGGCAUACCCUUAAUGCAUUUCUUCAGUAAAGUACAUUCUAGCAUGCAGCCCCCUCAGUAGCUGUUUCACAACCUGCCCACUGCUGAUUUAAAUCACUAGAAAGGAAUACUGCUGUUUCCAUCACAGUCCUUCAUACAAUUAUUUGUAUUUGUUUAUUUUUAUACAUAUUAAAUUUAUUGAAAAAAAAAAAAGACUCUGGACUGCUUAUAGACGCCACACUACUGUGACCCCAAACUCUUCCAGCAUCAAUCAGUAGAUGUGAUAACAGAAAAUGAUGUCACUUAAUGGCUGGAAAAUCAAGACCUGGUCUUUGGAAUUUUAAGUCGGAAGUAAGAAUCUCAGCUUGCUCGUCCGACAGGUUCGUACAAGGUGCGGCAGUAAGACUGUUAUCGUUAACUCUAAAUGAUUUCCUUCACAAACCGUAUAAAUGAUUGUUUGCACAUCCUGACAUGGUGUAACAAAUAUGGAUAAAUUAGGCCAUGUGCUUGUCGCCUCAUGAAACAGUGUGGGAUGUAACGAUAUUAAAAUUUCAUUUCACGGUCAAUGUUGAAUGUGCUCCAAAAUAGUUUUACACAUUAUAAAAUCUUUUUGAAGGUGAAAGUCACUUUUUUUGCUUUUUUUCUAUAAUUCACAAACCUUUUAAGAGACAAGAACCCAAUUGUUUUAAUGCAUUCUAUCUCAAAUUAUCAUAAGUCAACUUACAAUGGAGCCAUGACGUCAUUGCUUCUAUUGCGACCGUAAAACCCAAUAACCAUCCAAAAAGCACCAACAAGAGUUCAUUUUCAUUUUGUGAUUUUAAUAUUAAUCCCAUUUUAGCGAUAUUGUUAUUAGAAGCACUAACAUUACGGACCUACGUUUAGAUAACUUUCCUUAUAAACAGGCUGUACUUGUAUAGCGCUUUUCUACCUUCAAGGUACUCAAAGCGCUUUGACACUACUUCCACAUUUACCCAUUCACACACUGACGGAGCGCGGCCAUGCAAGGCGCUAACCAGCACCCAUCGGGAGCAAGGGUGAAGUGUAUUGCUCAGGACACAACGGACGUGACGAGGUUGUUACUAGGUGUGGAUUGAACCAGGAAACUUUUUGGUUGCACACUGCCACUCCACCACCGCGCCAUGCCGUGGCCAUUAUAUGGCUCUCAUGGAAAUACCUUUAUGCUGCUGUAUUGAUAUCACCAGCUGGUGAGCUGCUGUCUCACGUUGGUUUUAGAUUAUAAAUUAUAAAUAAUAUCUCUCCCCUUGAUAGUAGAAAGUUGUGGACAUAAACAGAUAAGUUGGUCCACUUGCACAGCCAAUUUAGACCCGGAAGUGGCUAAAAAGACCCGAAAAGACGCUUGGUUGCACACACCCUUUUUUGUUUGCAAGGAUUAUGAUUAAUUCAUUUAAACAGGAAUAUAACAACAUCCUAGCAGUCAGAGCAGACAUUGUACAGUAAGGGAUAUUUUCUUAUGUUAGUUGGCCCUCAUGAAGUCUGCAGUGAGCUGUUAUCAGUGAUAAAGUUGGGGGGGGGAAAGACGAUUGUCGGGAAGCGUUUUGGAAAUGAACACGCCACCGUAUGCUUAAAAUGAGCAAAUUCCAUCCAUUUUCUACCGCGUAUUGCCUUUUGGGGUCGCUCAGCUACAAUCGGGCGGAAGGCGGUGUACACCCUGGACAAGUCGCCACCAUUUUCUACCGCUUGUCUUUGUCGGGAUCACGGGGGGGGGGGGUUGCAGUCCAUCUCAGCUGCAUAUGGGCGGUAGGCGGUGUACACCCUGGACAAGUCGCCACCUCAUAGCAGGGCCAACACAGAUAGACAACAUUCACACUCACUUUCACACAUACAUAUACAUAAACAUGACAUAUAUAAUAACAUGACAUAUAUACUAACAGCGUGUAUAAAAAACCUUGGAGGUGUUUCCAUGUUUAUUUAAGCGACAUAUAGGCAAAAUAAGGCGACUCCCAUUGGCUAUUGUAAGCGGACAUUUCUUAACAUUUACUAGAUAGUAUGUAUAAAAAAAGAAAAACGUGUGCUUGUGAAUAGGCAGAACUCCCUCAAAAAAGUGCAGUUCCCCUCUAACAAGUUUUAUGAAAUGUUCUGAAUACAGUAAAAUAAACCCAAAAUAUAUUUUCAUGGCAGAAGAAACAAUAAAUAUUAUUCUGGCUUCUUAUCUUAACUUCCGGUUUAUGUGACGUCAUCAGAGUUCACUUCCCGCUGUCGCUAUCCAUCCGUUUCCUACCGCACCUGUUCAACACGUAUUUGAUUAAUUAUUGGUUUGCUUAAAAAUAAUGUUAUUAAAAGAUGUGAGACUUAAUUUGCUCUAAAAAUGUUGGUCUUACUUAUAAAUGUACGUAUUUAGAUGUAUUCAGUGUUAAAAAAAAAUAUUAUAUGGCUCUCAUGGAAAUACUUUUUAAAAUAUUUGGCUUUCAUGGCUCUCGCAGCCAAAAAGGUUCCCGACCCCUGCUCUAUAUGAAGCACAACGCACCCUCCGCAAGAAAACUUUGAAAUACUGGACAUGAAUUAUUUGAAAUAACCAUGGCAAAUCAUAAAAAUGGUUUCCGACAUGUAUUUUAGAAUUCCAAACAAAUAUUAGUUAAUAGAGAGGAUUCUGGUUUGGGUAGAUUAGACAAUUUGUUUUCUAAUGUUAAAGACAAUGAACACAUUCCUAUACUUCAUGGGUGUCAAACUCUGGCCCGUGGGCCAAAUUUGGCCCGCCGUCUAAUUUAAUUUGGCCAUUGAGGCAAUAUCAAAUUAACAUUAGAGCUGGCCCACCGCUAUAACACCGCAUUCACCGCUAAUACUCUUACUUGCCAACCCUCCCGAUUUUCCCGGAAGAUUCCCAAAGUACAGUGCUCCUCCCAAAUUUCAUCCCGGAAAACAAUAUUGGGGGUGGGCCUUAAAGGCAUUGCCUUUGGCGUUCCUUACAACCUGUCGCCACGUCCACUUUUCCUCCAUACAAACAGCGUGCCGUCCCUGUCACAUAAAAUAUGCGGCUUAUACACUCACUCAAGUUAAUGCAAGGCAUACUUGGUCAACAGCCAUACAGGUCACACUGAGGGUGGCCGUAUAAACAACUUGAACACUGUUACAAAUAUGCGCCACAUUGUGAACCCACACCAAACAAGAAUGACAAACAGAUUUCGGGAGAACAUCCGCACCGUAACACAACAUAAACACAACAGAACAAAUACCCAGAAUCCCUUGCAGCACUAAGUCUUCCGGGACACUACAAUAUACAACCCCCGCUAUCACCAAACCCUGUCCAUCUCAAGCCUUACGCCAAAAAGAGGCAUUCAAUUUUUAUUUAAAUUUUGAUAUGCCAUUGAUAUUUUUGGAUUAUUAUUAUUAUUUGAAACCCGAUUGUGCAUGUCACUAUGAAGUUAUAUAAGCCUUGCUUGUUCAAUAUUCUAUGCAAAACUUGUUUGGGUCCCUAUUAAAAGGUUAAUUUGUUCAACCUCG